GACCCGGAAGAGUACACGGGAGAGGGGGCGGUGGAAAAAGAACUCAAUCAAGAUGGCGGAUGAGCAGCAAGAAUCAUCACAGGGAGAGAUGGAGGGAGUCAACUGCCUCGCAUAUGAUGAAGCCAUUAUGGCACAGCAGGACCGCAUUCAGCAAGAGAUAGCCACCAGUAACCCUUUAGUGUCGGACAGACAAGAGCUCUCUGUGCUUCAGGGAGAAUAUGCCAUGGAGGACACCAUUUACCAGCUCAAGAUAAAGGACCUUCACAAAAAGUAUUCAUCCAUUCGGAAGACACGGCCAGAUGGAAAUUGUUUCUACAGAGCUUUUGGUUUUGCACAUUUGGAAUCACUACUGGAAGACAGCAAAGAGCUGCAAAGGUUUAAAGCUGUGGCAGCAAAGAGCAAACUGGACCUUGUAAACCAGGGCUUCACUGAGUUCACAAUUGAGGACUUUCACAACACCUUUAUGGACUUGAUUGAGCUGUGUGAAAAGCAGCAGUCACUCGGAGAGGUGCUGAGCUCCUUCAAUGACCAGAGUGUGUCCGACUACAUAGUGGUUUACCUGAGGCUUCUCACCUCUGGAUACCUGCAGAGGGAGCAUGUGUUCUUUCAGCACUUCAUAGAGGGCGGACGCUCCGUCAAAGAGUUCUGCCAGCAGGCACUGAACGUGCCCGUAUUAGUGGAAUACAUGGUAGAGGAGAGGGGUGGACAACGGUGGAACAAUCAUAUCUUUCGGAAGGAAAGUGUGCCACGCAUCUUCCUGGCCUCUAGGCCGCCAGGCCACUAUGAACAUCCUGUAUAA